AUGGGGUCAUCGGCAGCGUUCCCGACACUGGAGUCGUUGCAUUUCCCGUCUGCUCAGCAAUCAAUUUCGCAAACGCUCUCGUCUCUGCGUCGAUCAGCACUCUCCGUCUCUAACCGACUUCAGUCCAUUGAAACCGAUGCCACUUUCGUGGAAGAAGUCGCUGAUCACUAUGGUCUACCACUGGUCGCUAAUGAGCGCUGCGGGAGCUGGUAUAUCUCACCGACGACUAAAACCGGUAGUGCUUAUUUCAAAAGCACCGAUGGCCACUCCGUAAUGCCAGACGCAUUGUCAAAGACAAUCCCAAUCUGGAGUGCCGUGCUAAACCGAGCUCUGUUCCCAUCCGAAACUGCAUACCACCCAGUCAGCCUUCCACCAAACUACUUAGGCAAAUCAGAAGAAGCGCAAAUCGAAAGCCGAAUCGAAGGAUUCGUGCAUUCACUCAAGAGCCUGAAACUCGAUCUAGACAACCUACGCCAACAACUCGGCAAACCAAUCAAAGUAGCCUGGGCCAAUAGAACAUAUUUCCACCCGGAAGUGGAAAAAAGCGAUGAAUACUGCCUACUGGUUCUCUGCUCUGCGUCGAGGCGCGUGCACGGCGCUGAGAUGUCGGAGGGUGGAUAUAUCCAAGGCGCAGGUGACGAUAGUGAGGGGUGGGCUUACGGGCUGACGCCGCCGGUUUUCUGGGCGAAUCGAGGUAUUUUGAAGAAUACGCCUGAGGAAGAAUUGCCGGAGCUUAUCAAGCGGCUGGUUGGUGAGCAUAGGCUGCUGGAUGUUGCUCAGGAUGCGACGCGCAUUGCGCCGACGGGGAAUUUGUUCAUUGCUUCGACGAGGUCGGUUGAUGCGGCGAGCAAGUAUGAUAUUGUGAUUGACUGCAAUGGUCCGGCCGUGGAGGGUGAUGUGAAGAGGCUUGGGCUGGGGUGUGAUUCUGGGAAGAUGGGGAGUCGGGAUCUACGGAAGUCGUUGGACAAGGUUCGGGACUUUGUCGGUGCGCGACUUGGGGAAGACUCCAGCUUGUCUUUAUUGGUUUUUUGUGAGAGUGGGAAGGAUCUUUCAGCAGGAACGCUCUUGGCGAUCGUGUGUUUGUUUUAUAACGAUGAAGGUGGCUUCGAUGUCUCGCUGAGCAAGCGUUCAAUCAGCAAGCAGUUCAUUCGACAGCGUCUAGCCUGGCUAGUAUCGUCGAAACAUGACGUGAAUCCGUCUCGAGCCACGCUGCAAUCUGUCAACUCCUUUUUGAUGCAGCCACCAGAUUAUUGA